UAUCUUCACGCAUGAAUCUUCAACGGCUUUCGGCCAGAAAUGAUGAUAAUGCGGAAGUUUGUAUGUAUGUAUAAGUCGGUGAGAUAGGAGAGCGUAGACAUGGGUGUUGGAUUAUUCCGAAGCAUCGGCAAUCUGCAAUCCACUUUCUGGAUGCAGUUAGUAAUACAUACAUCAAGCUCACUCGCAUUUAGAUAUAAAGUAGCCCUCCUUCGUGUUUCUUUUGAAAAAGUUCCUUAAUAUCAAUUGACAUUUCUAUUUUUCAAUUGACCGUUCAAAAAGUCCUCAAAAUGGUCCGCCCAUUAGUACUUCUAGCUUCUCUCGCUCCUUUUGUCACAGCCAGUUGGAACAUCAAUAACCAGCAGAAUAGACAUGCCUGUCAAAAACAAACCCAAAAUCCUUUGGAUGGAUGUGAUUUGCAAAGGACGAAGUAUGUAGGAAGUAGUUCCAAUUUCAAGACGGUGCAGUCCGGUAUGUACUCGGAUCUCCCAUAAGAGGUGAAGUGGGAUGUGGUAGAAUUGCACAAGUUGAAGGUUUGAAUUAAGGCUAAUGUAAACGAUGCAGCUGUUGCGAGCUUACCAAACAAUAAUGAUACAUAUAUUAUUCUUAUUGCAUCGGGCAACUACACGGAGCAGGUGAGAAUUAUGUUCACUUUGUCCUUUGCUCUCUGGCUUGUGGCAUGAUCGUUAACAUCGGAGCGUAGGUCAACAUCACUCGUCCGGGUCCUACAUAUUUGCUCGGUGAAACCGCAAAUCCUUACAAUCAAUCUAAAAAUGCCGUCAAUAUCAUCUGGAGCGCUAUUGCUGGCAAAGGGGAUAACGCUUACACAUCCACUUUGACUGUUGCGCCUACUCUCAAUGCGUCUUUGACUGGAAGUGGCCCGACCGGGUUUGCCGUCCCACCAGGAACGCCAUUUGGAUGCAAAGACUUUAGAACAUACAAUCUGAAUUUCAUCAAUAAUUUUGCGCCAUACAGUAAGUUGCUGGCUUUUCUAACAGGAGGAAGAGGGUGACAAAACGGUCGGGCUUUGGGCGGAGUAUCGGAAUAAACAGGAGAACGUUCUAACAAGAUAAUAGGUGAUGGGCCUUCCCUCGCAUUGAGCAUAAGCUAUGCAAACGGUGGUUUUUACUAUACCGGCUUUUACAGCUACCAAGAUACUGUAUGCCAUCCACCGAUUGCUCAUUUUUUUUCUUCUCCCGCAAACUAACACAACCAAGAUCUACGUAGGCAAACUAUCCAAUUCGUACAUAUCUCAAUCUGUCGUCGCCGGUGAGACCGACUUCCUUUACGGUUUCGGGACUCUCUUCAUUAACAACACACUGCUCUCUCUUCGAUCAUGUGGAGGUAAGUUCGUCCUUUUGCCUAUUAUCCACGUUCUUACUUUUAUUAACUCAAAUUGUUUCAGGCGGAAUUACAGCUUGGAAGGGAACGAACACGACCUUUGAGAACAAAUAUGGAGUAUACAUUGUAGAUUCAUCAGUACAGAAAGCAAACAGUAGUUUGAGCAUCAAAGGAGCCUGCCCACUUGGCAGACCUUGGGUAUAUUCUCUCCGUCCUUAAGCCAUUUAUGGGAAUGAUCUAACAAUCGCCAAACAGAACGCACAAAUGCGAGCAAUCUUCGCCCACACCUACCUCGAUGAUUCUAUCCUUCCCACAGGAUACAUAGACUGGAUCCCUGCUCGCUACAAUGCCACCAAUGGUAAUUACAGCACUACCCAAGCUGAGUAUAAGAACUACGGACCAGGUUACAACGCGACUGCAAGGGCCGCUUCGUUGUUCGAUGUGCAACUCAGCGACUCGCAAUGGGAGCCUUACAGUAGUCCCGCUAAAGUAUUCCAGGAUCCUUCAGGAGCUUUCGGUGAUGUAAGCUGGGUUGAUUUCAGCGUUUAAUUGUGUUUGUGGGGAAUGAUGUCGGUAAAAUGAGAAAUGUAUGUAAUGUUUAGAAAUGAUAAGUCCAAUUGUUGGACAUCAGUGACUUCGUUUAAACGUGACAUACUUUCCGUAACAUACCAAAA